AUGCAGAUUGGCACUUUCGUCACUUCUUUUCUCUGCCUGGCAGCAGCGCGAUUUGCCGCCGCAGACAUCACCUCGACCUCUACGACCACCAUCACCAAGACUCUCGUCCGGGUCAACGCUGUCACUGCCACGCCAGCUCCCACCUCAAGUAGCAGCUUGGUGACAACUACCGCCUCCCCAACCACUGUCUCUCCAACAUCGACUCCUCUGUCGCAUUCUUCUUCCAAGACUCAGGCCGCCGUCUCCUCCACUAAGACAGGUGGUGCAGUCAGCUUGGGCGCUGGUGUCCCCGCGGCUCUGGUCGCCAGUUCCUUCGCGUUGAUUAUGGGACAGAUUCUCUAA